AUGGGGGGCGCUGACACCCGAGGAAGGGGCUGCUGCAAGCCCUCACCUGGCACCUCGCAGGCACCGAGAAGAGCCCGCAAAAGAGUGGACGGCGGAGCCAGCUCCAACGUCUUCUCCAUGUUCGAUCAGUCCCAGAUCCAAGAGUUUAAAGAGGCCUUCACCAUCAUGGACCAGAACCGGGACGGCUUCAUCGACAAGGAGGACCUGAGGGACACCUUCGCCGCGCUGGGCCGCAUCAACGUGAAGAACGAGGAGCUGGAGGCCAUGGUGAAGGAGGCCCCCGGGCCCAUCAACUUCACCGUCUUCCUGACCAUGUUUGGGGAGAAGCUGAAGGGCACGGACCCAGAGGAGACCAUCCUCCACGCCUUCAAGGUGUUCGACACGGAAGGGAAAGGCUUCAUCAAGGCUGAUUUCAUCAAAGAGAAGCUCAUGACCCAGGCAGACCGGUUCAGUGAGGAGGAGAUCAAGCAGAUGUUCGCGGCUUUCCCCCCAGAUGUGUGUGGCAACCUGGACUACAGGAACCUGUGCUACGUCAUCACGCACGGUGAAGAGAAAGACUAG